UCCAAUGCAUAACAUACUCCGUUUUCGUCUUCUUCAAACCAAGCCAAAAACAAAAUAAAUUCCUUUCAAUCUCUCUUUCUCUCCAUAAGUAAACAUCCAUACAUACAUAUCUUCUGUAUCUAUCACCAUUUCCACACACACAAAUCCAAGCACACAUGCAUGCCAUGUCUUCCCAUUAACAUAAUCCCAUCCAAUCCAAUCAUCAUGAUUAUGGACGACGUUAACGAAUAUCCAAUCUUAACCAAACUAACCGCCACCCUCAAAAAACCAACAUGGGCUUUUCCCUUCCUUAUUUUCACUCUCAUCGUAAUUCUCAGUAUCCAAAUAACCACAACCAACGAAUCCGGGUUCCCGACCCGACCCGCUUCCUACAUGGGUAUUGUUCCCGGGUCGGACACCUGUGAUGUGUCGGUCCCAGUUAGGGCUGUGAAGAUGUCUAUAGUUGAGUUUGGUGGUGUUGGUGACGGUGUCACGUCGAACACGGCGGCGUUCACGGCGGCGAUGGAGAAAAUGAAGGAGUUUGAAAGCAAAGGUGGGGCCCAGUUGAAUGUUCCUACUGGGAAGUGGGUUACUGGUUGUUUUAACCUUACUAGUAAUUUUACCCUGUUUCUUGAACAUGGUGCUGUAAUUUUGGGCUCUCAGGAUAUGAAAGAAUGGCCUAUUAUCGACCCAUUACCUUCUUAUGGAAGAGGGAGAGAGAGAUUAGGAGGGAGACAUAUGAGCUUAAUUCAUGGUGAUGGUCUCACAGAUGUUGUCAUUACAGGGGAAAACGGAACUAUCGAUGGACAUGGUAAGAUGUGGUGGGACCUAUGGUGGAAUAGGACCUUGGAACACACUAGAGGCCACCUUGUUGAAAUCAUGAACUCAAGAAACAUAUUCAUUUCCAAUCUUACAUUUCGCAAUUCUCCCUUUUGGACCAUCCACCCAGUUUACUCCAGUAAUGUUGUAAUUAAAGACAUGACGAUAUUGGCUCCACUUAAUGCCCCAAAUACAGACGGUAUAGACCCAGAUUCAUGUACAAAUGUUUGCAUUGAAGAUUGUUAUAUAGAGAGUGGGGAUGAUCUUGUAGCUAUAAAGAGUGGGUGGGACCAAUACGGCAUAUCGAUGGCCCGUCCUAGCUCUAACAUUCUAGUAAGACGAGUAUCUGGUACGACCCCCACAUGUUCAGGAGUUGGGAUUGGUAGUGAAAUGUCUGGUGGCAUUUCGAACAUCCGAGUGGAAAAUCUUGAUAUUCGAAAUUCAGCAGCCGGUAUACGAAUAAAAACAGACAAGGGUAGAGGGGGUUAUAUUGUAAACAUCACCAUUACUAACAUUACAAUGGAUAAAGUUAAGGUGCCCUUAAGAUUUAGCCGAGGGGCCGAUGACCACCCUGAUAACGAUUGGGACCCGAAAGCCCUACCAAAAAUAAAGGGGAUAUUUAUAACUAAUGUGGUGAGUUAUAACUCCAGAAAAGCCCCUAUGCUUCUAGGUAUUGAGGGUGCCCCUUUUGACGGAAUAUGUAUGCAAAAUGUUAGUUUGCUUGGUUUGUUGCCAACCGUACAAUGGAACUGUGAACACAUAUCAGGUUUUGUUAACGAUGUUUCACCAUCCCCAUGUGCAUUGUUGCAAAGAAACACAUCAUUGACAUGUAGAUAGAAGAUUUUACGCCAUUAUAGAGUCUGCAUUGACAAUAGCAACUCCCAUUUGAUUACUGUUGCUUAUAGUGAUAAUACAUGUUGAUAUUAUAGUACACAUUCAUUGGAACCCUGGUAAAUUGUAUGGUACGAUUUACUAGACGCUGCUCUAGGAUCACUGCGAAAGCUGGGUACACUGUCCAGUGGGUUUCGUAGUUCGGAUUUUGGACAGGCAGUCGCGGCGUGAUACAAGUUUUGAUACAUAACUUAUACUUAUUUUUACAAUGAAAUUCUUGUAUUUAUGAGGAAAUUUUAGUUUUUUUCCCCCUUUUUUGUUGGUGACUUGAUUGUUUAUUUAUUUCAUUUAAAUAGAAAAGUGGUGAAAUACUGAAA